GGGGAGCAGAGCGAGGGCGAGGCCGAGUACUCUGAGCACCUCAAGGUCUUCGUCGGAUACUAGUAGUCGUUACGUCCAAGGGAUGUGGCUCCGUUCAAGAUUCCGGCGUCAGUUGCGUGCUGGUUGGGGGUCCAUCGCCAAGGCUAGGUGUUUGUGGAAUUGCCUGCCUCCUUUGCAACUGCAACGGCAACGCCAGCAAAGUAAGGAACGCUAAGGCUAGGCAGAACAAGGAAAGGGAAGGAUGACCAUGCUGUGGGGGCUGGCGGCGUACAUGGUGUGGGCGGUGCUCGCCGGGUGGGUGUCGGCAUGCCUGCUGGUCGCCAACGAGAUCGCCCGCGGCAUGCGGGCCGGGGAGAUUGGCCCCUUCGUCGUGGGGUGAAUCUCACUUCGGGAAUCCUCCCUUCUGACUCCUUCAUGCAGGUGCUCUGCUCUGAACCUUCUGCUCUAGUUUCUUUGCUAGUAAAUUGAUGAACAUGGGGAUACAUUUUUUGCUUACCCUAUCUGCUCUGUAUCCUGAAAUACACGUCGGCUAUGUGUUAAUUGGCUUUGAGAUUUGUGUUUGCCAAAUAUAUUCAAGUACCUAACAAGAGGCUAAUGAGAGACUUUAUACAGAGUAGUUUUAUCUACAUCAGUUAUCGUGUAUUAGGGAGAACUGAUACAUUUUUCCAAGUCAUUUCUGUCAUGAUUAGGAUAGAGACUUCAGAGUCAGGACGUUUUGUUUUAGUGUAGUGUCAGGUUGUCCAAGGGAUUUGGAAUUGUUGCUGUGUAGAUUGUGUCCUCCAGGAUAGGAUAAGGUACUGUAAAUUUUUCUCGGCAUGAAGUAAGUUGGAGUUUGUUCAGUACUUCAGAGGCCUCGUAAAUCACUACAACAAGUGAAUGCUCAAUUGUACCAGAGCUGCGCAUGGACGUGGAGUUGUUAUACUGGUAUAGGUUAUUUUUCUUCUGGAUAAGAUAAGAUGUUGUAAAAUAGUCUCGGCUUGAACUAAGUUCAAAUUGGUUCAGUAAAUCACUACGCAAAUGAAUGCUCCAUUGCAGCAGAGCUGCACAUGGACGUGGAGUUUUUAUACAAUGGAUAACCAAGUAUUCUGCUAGGGUUAAAUUUAAUUAAGAAUGCUGUUCUGCACUUUUGCUUAUUUUACGA